GGCGGCGAGAGUGUCCGUGGGAGCUGUUGCGCAAUGGACGACGGGAUUGUCGAUGUCACGAGGCCGAGCGAAACAGCAGUCGACGAGCUUGAGCCGCCGUUCAUGGAGCAGCCUGACCCACCGACGGCAGCUCAUCAUGCCCUCGAAGCAGUCGAUGCCGGGGAUGACAAUGUCUAUCGGCUCAAGAUGACGCACGCAGGCACACGCUACGAGCUCAGCGUGUGCGAGACAGACACAAUCUAUGAUCUCAAGCUGUUCUGUUACUCGCUCACCAAUGUACCGCCCGAACGUCAGAAGAUCAUCGGUCUGGUCAAGGGCAAACUACCCUCUGACGAACUGCUCGUGCUCGAUCUGCACCUCUCAGUAGGCAAGGUGAAAGACUUCAUGCUCGUUGGUACGCCAGAGGGCGAUGAAAUCAAAGAGCUCCGACAGAACAGCGAUAUCCUGAAUGACCUCGACGUCGAUGCGGACGCGCAGGGCGUCAUCGAUCCUCAGCUGGAUCGCCGUAACAAGCGGCGAAUCAGAGAGGCAGUGGAAAAGUGGAAGCCCGAUAUCAUGCUGCCACCUCGCAAAGACGCGAAACUGCUCGUGCUCGAUCUCGAUUAUACACUGUUGGACUGCAAGACAUGGGGCAAGAACACGACCUCUGAAGAUUUUGCUCGACCUGGUCUGCACGAGUUCCUACGCAGAGUGACAGACGCAAAGUGGGACAUCAUGAUCUGGUCGCAGACCCACUGGCGCUAUCUGGAGCAGAAGCUACUCGAGCUCAACAUGAUAGGCGGCGAUAACGAGUACAACAUCGUCACCGUGCUUGACCGACAGACCAUGUUCAGCGUCCACUCGAACCGCAAAGGCAAGAUCGUACGACACGAAGUCAAGGCAUUGCAGAUCAUCUGGGACAGAUUUCCAGAAUACACUGCAAACAAUACUGUCCACAUUGAUGACCUGUCACGCAAUGCUGUCCUGCAACCCCAAAAUCUGCUCAAAUGUCACGCCUUCAAGAACACCACACGAGGAACAACAGACCGCGAGCUGUACGACAUGGCAGACUAUCUCGAGAAGAUCGCAUCACUUGACGAUCUGAGUCAUCUAGAUCACAAGCAAUUCAGAAAAUACAAGUAG